UAUAUAUAAAUAUAUAUAUAUAUAUAUAUAUAUUUUUUUUUUUUCUACAAAGUUGGUCCGGAUUUUCGCUUUUGGAUGAUUUAAGGACCUUCCUUUCCUUUGCGCUUUCACGCCAACGCGGGCGCACCGCGCAACGCACGGGGAUUUCGGAUACAGCUCAGUCUCCGCCUCGCCAUGGGAUGCUCGUUAAGCGUGGAGGAGCGCGAGGCUCUAGAAAAGAGCAAAGCCAUCGAGAAGAACCUGAAGGAGGACGGAAUCUAUGAGGCGAAAGUAGUGAAGCUGCUGCUGCUUGGUGGAGGAGAGUCUGGGAAGAGCACUAUUGUCAAACAGAUGAAGAUUAUCCACGAAGAUGGUUUCAGUGGCGACGACUUAAAGCAGUUUAAACCCAUCGUCUACAGCAACACCAUUCAGAGUCUCUUCUCCAUUUUAAAAGCUAUGGAGAACCUCAGCAUUGAGUAUGAAGACAAGGACAGGACAUCUGAUGGAAAGUUGGUCUGUGACAUAAUCACCCGUAUGGAGGACACGGAGCCGUACACGCCUGAGGUUCUGUUGGCUAUGAAGCGUUUGUGGAAAGAUGGAGGAGUUCAGGCCUGCUUCAACCGAUCACGAGAAUAUCAGCUCAAUGACUCGGCUCAAUAUUACCUGGACAGUUUGGACCGAAUCGGAGCAACUGAUUAUAUGCCCACUGAGCAGGACAUUUUGAGGUCGCGGGUUAAAACCACCGGUAUUGUGGAGACUCACUUCAGCUUCAAGAACCUGCACUUCAGGCUGUUCGAUGUAGGAGGUCAGAGAUCGGAGAGAAAAAAAUGGAUUCACUGCUUUGAAGGUGUGACGGCUAUAAUCUUCUGUGUGGCGAUGAGCGGCUAUGACCAAAUGUUACAUGAAGAUGAGACAACAAAUCGUAUGCACGAGUCGCUCAUGCUGUUUGACUCCAUCUGUAAUAAUAAGUUUUUUGUCGACACGUCCAUCAUCCUCUUCCUCAACAAGAAGGAUCUUUUUUCAGAGAAGAUUAAGAAAUCUCCGCUGACCAUGUGCUUCCCAGAGUAUACAGGUCCGAACACGUACGAAGACGCGUCUGCGUACAUUCAGGUUCAAUUUGAGAGUAAAAAUCGUUCACCUAAUAAAGAGAUUUACUGCCACCAGACGUGUGCGACUGACACGGGAAACAUUCAGGUGGUGUUCGAUGCCGUCACCGACAUCAUCAUCGCCAACAACCUGCGUGGCUGUGGCCUGUACUGAGCUGCAGCGAGCUCGACGUCACCUAAAUCAUCGUUUCUCGUCAUGGUAACGAGCAACCGAACUGAAACUCCGCCCCACACGACCGACAUUCUCAUCCUGCUUUUGUAGUUUGUCUGGUUUUCUUUAUAAUCCUGAGUUAAAGCAGUGUGUGUGUGUGUGUGUGUGUUUGUUUGUUUAGGAUAAUUAGCAUACAGUUAACUUUGGAAAGAUCCUAUGUUCCAAAAACAAAUCCAAAUUCUCAGGAUGGUAAAGAGACCAGUGUCUGCUGUAUCCUUUUUGUUUAUUAAUUAGUGAAUUUCUCGAAAACGUUCAAUUCUAAUGAGAUAUUCAUCAUUUGUUUUAUUUUUAAUGUUAUUUCCAAAACAACGCGUCUCUCAGGCCAAAGCCGUUUGGGUGAAGCUGCAGACUCUCCUGUGAUGUCCACAGAAUCGUAGCUCAGAUAAAUCUGCUGGAUCUGAUACUUUACCUCAAGGUUCUCUUUAACUGACAUCAUUUAACACACUCAUUAACAUAAACACAAACUCAACCUGAACUUCAGCGUUAAUGCACCGUCAGGGACAGGCUAAUUAACACUCGUUAAACGUUCGGUGAUUUUUAAACAUAAUAAGCCAAUUAACCACAAACAGCUGCGUUCGCUAACAUUUACGUCAUCGUCGUUAUCCUCGAUCUAAUAUUUACACCUGCAGAUCAGUGUUCAGGAAGUUCUCUACAUUUAUAUUAUUCACAGUAACAUUAUUUAAUGCGGUCGUUCAUUUCAUUAACAUUUCAACAAUCCGGAAAAAGUCUCCUUCCAUUAAUGUAAUAUCGAUAAACGUCUCUUAAAGACGUCGAUGUAAAAUUUACAAACGCCGAUCACGUGGAAAAACGACCGCAUACAGGGAAUUAAUCAACACCUUCUGACCAAUCACAGUCCAGGGAUUCGGCAGCGCCGCGCCGUGGGAGAAUUGACGUUCGUCGAUGUUUAUGUGGAACCUAAUUCUUGUUAAGAGAAGCUUCAUGUAAAAUGUUACAUUUGCUUUGUAAAUUAUUCUAUUUAUUGAGUUGUGUAUAGAACAUGAACAUGAAUAUUGUGUGUACAGAUUUUUUUUUUAAUCUCCUGCAGGGUACGUGUUAGGUUUAUAAACAGAGCCGAGCGGUUCAGCACUCUGACGGUUAUAUAUCACCAUUUAGAGGAAGACAAAUGUAGAAGAUAGAAAAGAAAAGCACAAUCUGAAUUAUACUAAUAUUAAUAAAUAAACAAACUACUGAACUCUUCAUCUGUGUGUGUGUGUGUGUGUGUGAGAGAGAGAGAGAGAGAGAGAGAAAGAAAGAGAGCGAUUAAACCUUUCUCAUGUUU